CCAACUCUGCAGGUAGACACCAGUACCCCUGGCACGAGAUGGUCAACAGGACUCGAGAUUUUAUGAAGAAUGACCUGUUUAUCACACACCCUGUCAUGUACACCAUUCUAUAUCAUUUCCAAACAAAAUAUGGAGACUUUAGGCUUAUCGAUAUUCCUCACCUGAGAGAGAUCAUGCCACUAACCAUGGAAAAUUUCUACAAAAAUGUCAAACAAUCCAGCUUGGAUGCCGCAGAGAAGCUGCGCUAUGAGUGGCUACCUGAGGUGUGUGAGAUUGUGGAUAGCCACCGCGACACUGUGGAGGACUGGAUGCCACAAGAUUCAGGUCUGAGGAUGAAAAAGAUGGACAGGUUCUUCAACAGCAUUGCGUCUUUGAUGUCAAAUUUGCUACGAAGUUGUGUAAUUAACUCUAUAUAUGACCUGGUGGACUUGAUAGAGGAAUACACAGCAGGAAGUAGCUACGACGGCGAAUAUACACUGUUCAGUGGGUUAGCCCUGCCCACUAAAAUCCACAUAGUUCACUUCUUCAUGCAAGAGGAUAUGGAGAAGGUAGACAUUAAUUUUAAGCCAAAUUUCUCGGACAUCUGUGAUUUCUUCUGUCUGAUUAUUGAUCACAUGAUCGUCAGCGUGAGGGAGCUGCCUCGGGUUGAACAUCUCCUGUUCCAGUCUGUGGAGGAUCUACAAAUUUCCACCAUCAGGAGUGUGAUCAUUGAGGAAGAGCUGGUGGAAAACGCUAAGGAGAGGAUUCGAGUGGUUAUCAUGGCAAACAGUCAUGGUCCUAACAGGUACACAUCUGUGUAUGAUCCAUACAAAUAUCUCAUCUCCGUGGAGACAGAAAACAAGGUCAAAAAGUUCAUAAAUAAGGAGCGCCCUCUACGGGAGUACAGACAGGAAAUAGAAAAGUUGAAGAGGCUGAUCUCAGCUGUUGCAUCACUUCCUGUUGCCAUUCCAAUGCAUUUAUUUUACUUAGACUGUAACCAUAUCAACCAGUGGUUAAUCAAAAGGGCCAGGUACUUCAUUGAUAUUAUGGUCACCAACAUAGCUAACAUGAGCCGGGAUUUCAACAAGGGGAUAUGUAAGCAGUAUGACACGAUUGUGAAGAAAGUAGCCCAGCAGGCUGAGAAUACAGAGGAACUGGUUCAGAUGCAGAACUAUGUAGAAAAUCUUAAAGUGGGGGAACUGCUGCAGCUAAAGGACAAACAAGAAGUGGCUGGACAGAAUUUGAUGUUUUUGUUGGACUAUACCUAUCUAUCUACUGCUGAUAUUUCUACUAACAACACCACGUUCACCUGGGCAGAGAAAAUUGUCCCUAUUAUCAGCAGCACAGAGAAGAAACUGUCCAAGGACCAUGAGAUCUACAGUAACAAGCUGAGGGACAAGAAGAAGAAGUUCCAGGAGGAGCUGGACUACGCAGAGAAACAGGUGAAGAUGUUCCAGAACAAGAGCAACAUGAACGAGGCCGAGAACUUCAUACAGGAACUGGAGGACAUUGCCAGGAAGCUGGAACUCUUCCAGGAAGAGAAAGUAAAGAUAAACAGAGAGGAGAUGUUACUAGGACAGGAAGUGAUGUCACAGUAUGGACAAAUCCAGGCCAUCACCACUGCGAGAGAACCGUACGAAAAACUCUGGAGGACGGCCGUCACCUUCCACAAGGAGCAUGACAACUGGAUGAAUGGACCGUUACUGAAGGUCAAUGCAGAGGUCGUGGAUGAAGAGGUCCAGAAUCUGUGGAAGACUGCUUACAAACUGACAAAACAAUUCGCCCAUCCAGACUUCCGUGGACCGAAAACUGCAGCCAUUAAAAUUAAAACGAGGCUGGAAACAUUUAAGAUCCACAUGCCUUUGAUUAAUGCCCUGUGUAACCCGGGCAUCAAAAAGAGGCAUUGGGACAUGAUGAAUGAAAAGGUUGGUUUCCACAUGGCUCCCAAUGAAGACACACCAUUACAAGAGAUACUGAAGUUAGACCUGGACAAAUAUCUCGAUGUCCUACAGGAAAUCAGCUCGCAGGCCAGCAAGGAGUUUGCUCUAGAAAAGGCUCUGGAGAAGAUGAAGAGUGACUGGGAGAACAUUCACUUUUCCUUUGUCCCGUACAAGGAUACUGGCAUCUCUAUCCUAUCCUCCCCCGAGGAUAUCCAGGUUCUGCUAGAUGACCACAUCGUCAAGACAACCACAAUGAAGGGCUCACCAUUUAUAGCACCUUUUGAAGUGGCAGUUAAUGAGUGGGAUAAUCUGCUGCAUCGGAUUAAAAAUAUUUUGGAGUCCUGGUUGAAGGUACAGGCAGCCUGGUUGUACUUAGAGCCGAUUUUUGGUUCACAGGACAUCAGGAACCAGAUUCCCGUGGAAGGCAAAAUGUUUGAGGAGGUGGAUGAACACUGGAAAACAAUCAUGGAGAAUGCAGUGAAGGACACACAAGCUUUAGUGGUAGUCUCUCAGGACCAGAUGUUGGAAAAACUCCAACACUCAGAGUCAAUGCUGGAUGAUAUUCAGAAAGGACUAAAUGAUUACUUAGAAAAGAAAAGACUCUUCUUCCCAAGGUUUUUCUUCCUUUCCAAUGAUGAGUUACUGGAGAUUCUCUCCGAGACCAAAGAUCCACUCCGAGUACAGCCGCACUUGAAGAAAUGCUUUGAGGGCAUUGCACAGUUGACCUUCACCCCUGACACUAUCAUCACUGGCAUGGAGUCUGCUGAGAAAGAGGUUGUGGAGUUUGCUAGGACCAUCGCUCCUAAAGAGGCCAGGGGUCUAGUGGAGAAAUGGCUUUUACAGGUUGAAGAAGUGAUGAAGCUGAGUUUGAAGGAAGUCAUGAAGAAAGCCGUCAAAGAGUAUCCCACAAUUCCCAGAAAGGACUGGGUCGUCAAGUGGCCAGGACAAGUCGUUCUGGCAGCCAGCCAAAUUCACUGGACAACGGAAGUCACUCAGUCUAUUACAAGUGGAUUUAUGGGACCUUACCUUGCCAAAAGUAACAAGCAGAUAGACGAAGUGGUGGCACUUGUCAGGGGGUCCCUGUCUAAAAUGGCCAGAAUCACUCUUGGAGCCCUCAUUGUUAUUGAUGUACAUGCUAGGGAUGUUGUCGCCCACUUGAAUGAUGUCCAGACACGCAGCGUGAAUGAUUUCUCAUGGAUCAGCCAACUCCGUUAUUACUUCAUUGAGGACUUGGUUCAGGUGAAAAUGAUCACCACCACUGUGGCGUAUGCAUAUGAGUAUCUGGGCAACACCGGGAGACUGGUCAUCACACCACUGACUGACAGGUGUUACAGGACACUGAUGGGCGCCCUACUUCUGAAUCUGGGAGGUGCCCCAGAGGGACCUGCAGGUACAGGGAAGACGGAGACAUCAAAGGAUCUGGCGAAAGCUGUGGCCAAGCAGUGUGUGGUGUUUAACUGCUCUGAUGGGCUGGACUACAAAGCCAUGGGCAAAUUCUUCAAGGGUCUGGCCCAGUCAGGGGCAUGGGCAUGCUUUGAUGAGUUCAACCGUAUUGAACUGGAGGUAUUGUCUGUGAUAGCCCAGCAGGUACAGACCAUACAGAGAGCUAUAGCUGAGCAGGUUCAGCUGUUUAUGUUUGAAGGAACACAGAUCAGACUAGACCCCACCUGUACCAUCUUCAUUACAAUGAACCCUGGAUAUGCAGGCCGAGCAGAGCUUCCUGACAACCUGAAAGUAUUAUUCCGAACAGUGGCCAUGAUGGUCCCAGACUAUGCCAUGAUUGCAGAGAUUUCUCUGUAUUCUAUGGGAUUUGUGGAUGCGCGCAGUAUGUCCACCAAGAUUGUCGCCACAUACCGACUGUGUUCAGAACAACUGUCUUCCCAGCAUCACUACGAUUACGGCAUGAGGGCUGUCAAAUCCGUACUGACGGCUGCCGGAAAUCUGAAGCUGAAAUACCCAGAACAUCGAGAAGAAGUCCUGGUGCUGAAAUCAAUCAACGAUGUCAAUCUUCCCAAGUUUUUGUCCCAUGAUAUUCCAUUGUUCCAAGGAAUCAUUUCUGACUUGUUCCCUGGAGUAGAACUUCCUGAGGCAGACUAUGGCCAACUCGAGGAGGCCCUGGUAGAGCACAUCUUAAAACGAAAACUACAACCAGACAAGUGGUUCAUUGAGAAAAUUAUCCAGAUUUAUGAUAUGAUCCUGGUGCGACACGGACUGAUGAUUGUUGGGGAUCCCCUUGGGGGGAAGACCUCGGCCUUUAAGAUCCUGACUGAGGCUCUACAUGUCAUGCAUGACAAAGGACUCAUGGAGGAAAACAAGGUGAUAUACUCUAUAAUUAAUCCCAAAGCCAUCACUAUGGGACAGUUGUAUGGUAGAUUUGAUCCUGUCUCUCACGAAUGGUUUGAUGGUGUUUUGGCAAACACGUUCAGGGAGCAUGCCUCUAACACAUCUCCGGACAGGAAGUGGAUUAUCUUUGACGGACCAGUGGAUGCUGUGUGGAUUGAGAACAUGAACACGGUCCUUGAUGACAACAAAAAGCUAUGUCUGAUGAGUGGAGAAAUUAUCCAGAUGAACAACACACAGAAUAUGAUCUUUGAAGCCAUGGACUUGGAGCAGGCAUCACCAGCCACAGUCAGCAGGUGUGGUAUGAUCUACAUGGACCCUCUACAGCUGGGAUAUAAUGCCUUAAUCAAGUCCUGGAUGGAGCAUGAACUCCCAAAUAACCUCACAUGGGAACAGAAAGACACCAUCAAGAUGUUGUUUGAGUGGAUGCUGGAGCCGUGUUUGAAUUUCGUGUCCAAGUACUGUAAGUGUUUACUGACGUGUCACCCGAUGCACCUGACGGCCAGCAUGCUGACCCUGUACAGCUGUAUGAUGGAGGACGUCAGAAGGCUUGGUUUAGAUGAUGAUGAAGAAGAGGAAGAAGCCUUUGUUGAAGAGGAUGAGGAAGGAGGGGGAAUGGACUCGGAUGAUGAGGGUUCAAAGGAGAAGUCCCUAACCGACCAGAAAAUCAUUGAGGAAAGGACAGCCAUGUUGAUUGCCUACUUCUUCUUUUCCAUGGUUUGGUCGAUCGGAGGUACACUGGACGCCAACUCGCGCACCAAGUUUGAUGAAUUUUUCAAGGGACUCUGCGAUAUGGAUGGCACCACUUCCAAAUAUCCAAGACCCAAAGAUCUGAAAUUUGCCAACAACCUGAAGAUGCCUAAGAAUGGAUCUGUGUACGACUUUGUCUACCUGAGGAAGCAGUAUGGGUCGUGGUACAAGUGGACCAAUCUGAUAACACCACUCAACAUCGACGAAAAAGCCAAGAUUAAUGAGUUAAUAAUUAACACGGUGGAGACAGAGAGACAGAAAUAUUUCCUGGAACGUUUCCUGAUGCAGGACAAACCACUGCUGUUUGUGGGACCCACAGGUACUGGAAAGUCGGCCAUCACCAACAGCUAUCUUCUCCAGCUUCCGAAGGACAAGUAUAUCAUCAGCAAUAUUAACUUCUCAGCUCAGACAUCAGCCAAUCAAACACAAGAUAUCAUCUUCUCCAAGCUUGAUAGAAGGAAAAAGGGUGUGUAUGGUCCAACCCUAGGAAAGAAACUCAUGGUCUUUGUGGAUGAUCUGAACAUGCCAGCCAAAGAAAAAUAUGGAGCCCAGCCCCCCAUAGAAAUCCUCAGACAGUGGAUAGAUCAGGGCUACUGGUUUGAUAGGAAGGACACCAGCAUACUGGAGUUAGUGGACAUUGUUAUGGUCUCCGCAAUGGGGCCGCCAGGUGGUGGCAGAAACAAUGUGACACCACGGUUCUUGAGACAUUUUAACAUCAUUGGCAUCGAGUCGUUUGAUGAGGACACUAUGAAAAAUAUAUUCUCUCCUAUAAUUGAAUGGCAUUUCAGAACUUUUGAAAAUUCUUUAAGGAAAUUUUCAAGGAUAAUUCUGAGCAGUACAUUGGAGAUUUACAACAAUGCCAUAGCUAACUUCCUGCCCACACCCUCCAGGUCACAUUAUGUAUUCAACCUCCGAGAUUUCUCUCGUGUUGUUCAGGGGGUCCUGCUACUGAAGCUGGGGGUGGUGUCGGAGGGUAGUCUAGAGAACGGACAGAAGAUUGUGAGGCUGUGGGUACAUGAGGUCUACAGAGUGUUUUAUGACAGACUCAUCAAUGAAGAGGACAGGGAAAUGUUCUUCAAAAUGGUCAAAGCAUGUGUUGAGAGCCAGUUCAAGGAGAAGAUAAACACACUAUUCUCACACAUCAUGACUGACUCGUCUAAAGGAGUCACUGAUGAUGAUAUCAGAAGUCUGAUGUUUGGAGAUUAUCUGUCAAAGGGCAAGGAGGAGAAAUAUUAUGAUGAAAUACUCAACCUCAGUGACCUCAAAGAGGCCAUUGAAAUGUACUUAGAGGAGUACAACAUGAUGUUUAAGGCUCCUAUGAAUCUAGUCAUGUUCAGAUUUGCCAUAGAACACAUCUCCCGAAUCAGCCGAGUUCUCAAGCAGCCCAGUGGUCACUGUCUACUUGUUGGUAUCGGAGGUAGUGGAAGGCAGAGUUCUUCACGGUUGGCUGCUUUCAUGUCCGACUUUGAACUUUUCCAAAUUGAAAUCACCAAAAACUACACCACCUCAGAAUGGAGAGAGGACCUCCGACGCCUCAUGAGGCGAGCAGGAGACGAGGGUACCUCCAUGGUCUUCCUGUUUGGGGAUCACCAGAUUAAAGACGAGUCCUUCCUGGAGGACAUCAACAUGAUACUGAACACAGGAGACAUACCUAACCUGUAUGACAAUGAAGAAAGACUGGAAAUUAUUGAAAAGAUGCAACAGUUGGCGCUGCAGCAGAAUUUACAGAUUGAGAUGACGCCACUAAACAUGUACAACAUGUUUAUUGAGCGGAUCCGACGUAACCUUCACGUGGUCCUGGCCUUCAGUCCUAUAGGAGAUAACUUCAGGAACAGGAUUAGGAUGUUUCCCUCCCUCAUCAACUGCUGUACUAUUGACUGGUUCAAGCCUUGGCCAGAGGAUGCCUUGGAGCUGGUGGCCAACAAGUUCCUGGAGGAUGUGGAGAUGUCAGAUGAAGUGAGGACACAGACAAUCUUCAUGUGUAAACAUUUCCAUCAGAGUGUUAGAAUGCUCUCAGACAGGUAUUACGAAACAAUGAGGCGACGAAAUUAUGUCACCCCCACGUCGUACCUAGAACUGAUCAAAACCUUCAAAAGCCUGCUAGAUCAGAAAAGAAUGGAGAUUCUGACCCUGAAGAAUCGCUAUAUAGUGGGAUUAGAGAAGCUAGAGUUCUCAGAGAAUCAGGUCAGUGUCAUGCAGCAGGAAUUGGUCGAACUUCGGCCCAAACUGGUGAUGACAAGCAAGGAGACAGCGGAGCUUAUAGAAUUCAUCAGUAAAGAGAGUGUAGAAGUGGAGGCCGUGAAAAAGGUCGUAGAGGCAGACGAAGUGGUGGCCAACAAGGCAGCCAUGGAGGCCAAGGCCAUCAAGGAUGAGUGUGAAGCCAAACUGGCAAUAGCCAUGCCGGCCCUGAAUGCUGCCAUUUCUGCCCUCGACACUCUGAAACAGAACGAUAUCUCUCUAGUCAAGGCCAUGGCCAACCCCCCUAAUGGAGUCAAACUUGUCAUGGAGUCUGUCUGCAUCAUGAAGGGAAUCAAGCCGGACAAUAAAGUGGACGCCACAGGUCGGAAGGUUGAGGAUUAUUGGCCUGCAGCCAAAAGAAUGUUGGGAGACCUCAAGUUUCUGGAUUCUCUAAAGGAGUAUGACAAAGAUAACAUCCCAGUACCAGUGAUGAAGAAAAUCCGAGACAAGUACAUAAGCAAUCCGGAUUUUGAACCCAGUCUCAUCCGGAAUGUGUCGUCAGCCUGUGAGGGUCUUUGUAAAUGGAUCAGGGCCAUGGAUGUGUACGAUAGUGUUAUUAAGGUGGUUGGACCUAAGCGUAGAAGUUUGGAAGAGGCAGAAGCAGUACUUGCUACUCAGAUGGCAAAACUUCACGAAAAGCAGGCUGAACUACAGGCAAUCACUGACAAGUUGGAUGGACUCAAAGAUCAACUCAAAACAAAGGAGGAAGAGAAAGUGAAUUUGGAAGAAAAUAUUGAACUGACUAUUGUUAAGAUAGAGAGAGCAGAGAAGCUGAUUAGUGGACUGGGAGGAGAGAAAGAAAGAUGGACAAAUAAUGUUGACGAAUUAAAUGAGACCUAUGAUAACAUCGUUGGCGAUGUCCUUCUGUCAGCAAGUGUGGUGGCCUACUUGGGGCCCUUCAUUCUGGACUAUCGCCAGGAAUGUCUGAAGGAAUGGUACGGCAUGUGUGCGGAACGGAACAUCCCACUGUCUGAACACUUCUCCCUGUACACGACUCUCGGGGACCCUGUCAAAAUACGGGACUGGCAGAUCGCUGGACUUCCUGUUGACAACUACUCUGUGGAGAAUGCCAUCAUUGUUAUGAGUGCUAACCGGUGGCCCCUGAUGAUUGACCCUCAGGGUCAGGCCAAUAAGUGGGUCAAGAACAUGGAGAAGAUGAACAAGCUGGAGGUGGUCAAGAUGUCCGACGUCAACUUCAGCAGGAACCUGGAAAACUGCAUACAGUUUGGUAAUCCCUGUUUGCUGGAAAAUGUGGGAGAGGAGUUGGAUCCCAUUCUGGAACCGAUUCUGUUGAAACAGACAUUUAAACAGAAUAACAUGGAAUACAUCCGAGUGGGAGACCAUAUCAUUGAGUACAGUAAGGACUUCAAGCUGUACAUCACCACACGACUCAGAAACCCUCAUUACCUCCCGGAGGUCUCUGUCAAGGUGACUCUGCUGAAUUUUAUGAUUACCUUGCUGGGUCUUGAGGACCAGUUGCUGGGAAUUGUUGCUGCUAAGGAGAAGCCAGACCUUGAGGAGAGAAAGAACCUGCUGAUUAUAGAGAGUGCCAGGAACAAACGCCAGCUCAAAGAGAUCGAGGACAAAAUAUUGGAGGUCCUAUCUACAUCACAGGGAAAUAUUUUGGAGGAUGAAACAGCCAUAGAAAUUUUGUCCUCCAGUAAGAUUCUGUCAGAGGAGAUAUCGGAGAAACAGCUGGUGGCCAGCAAGACAGAGGCAGCCAUUGAUGAUGUCAGAAAUGGAUAUAAACCUGUGGCUAAGCAUGGCAGUGUGCUGUUCUUUGUGAUCUCGGACCUGGCCAACAUUGACCCCAUGUACCAGUAUUCUCUGACCUGGUUCAUCAACCUUUAUCUACAGUCCAUCAUAAACAGUGCGCCAUCACAAGAUUUGGAGGAGAGGAUCCACAACUUAAAUGAACACUUUACAUACAGCAUUUACAAGAAUGUCUGCCGCUCAUUGUUUGAAAAAGACAAAUUGCUCUUCUCCUUCCUGUUAUGUAUCGGCAUCGCAAAGCAAAACACCAUGCCUAAUGCCAGGGUCGGUGGCGAAAUCAACGAUCGUGAUUGGCGGUUCCUCCUUACAGGGGGAUUGGCUUUGGAGAACCCCUUCCCUAACCCAGCUGUUGAUUGGCUCCCCGACAAAUCCUGGGGUGAGAUUGUCAGGGCAUCAGAUCUGCCUCCCUUCAAAGGAUUUAUGGACCACUUCCGUAAAAACCUGAAUGCCUGGAAGAAGAUAUAUGAUUCUACAACUCCCCAUACUGAGCCCCUAGUGGCCCCAUGGAAUGAAAAUCUAAAUAGGUUGGAGGAACUAAUAGUGCUCAGAUGUCUACGACCUGAUAAGAUGGUCCCUGCUGCUCAGAAUUUUAUUGUGGAGAGAAUGAGUCAGCAGUAUAUAGAGCCACCGACCUUUGACCUAUCGCUGAGCUACGAGGAUUCUCAGCAUUUCUCUCCCCUUAUUUUUGUCCUGUCCCCUGGUGCAGAUCCAAUGGCUGGUCUGUACAGAUUUGCUGAAGAAAAAGGUGUUAUUCAGUCUGUUUCUCUGAAGAAAAUUUUUAGAGAAGGUUCAGGGAGCAAAGGCCUACAGACCAUAUCUCUGGGUCAAGGACAAGGGCCCAUUGCAGAAAAAAUGAUCAUGGAGGCAGUGGCCAAUGGGACCUGGGUGGUACUACAGAACUGCCACCUAGCAGCAUCAUGGCUUGGAGAGCUGGAACGUAUUUGUGAAACUGUAAUCACAGACACCAAUGUUACCAUGCCAACUUUCCGCCUCUGGCUGACAAGUUAUCCCUCCCCCGCCUUUCCUGUCUCAGUCCUCCAGAAUGGGGUCAAGAUGACCAACGAGCCCCCCAAAGGACUGAGGGCCAAUCUCUUACGGUCCUAUCUUAAUGAUCCCAUCUCUGACCCAGCGUUCUUUUCUCAGUGCAAUAAACCAGCAGUUUUUGAGAAGCUGCUCUUUGGACUCUGCUUCUUUCAUGCUUUGGUGCAGGAACGGAGGAAAUUUGGACCUCUGGGUUGGAACAUUCCUUAUGAAUUCAAUGAAUCUGAUCUCAGAAUUUCUGUCAGACAGCUUCAGAUGUUCAUCAACGACUAUGACAAACCCCCCUUGGAGGCCCUCAGCUACCUGACUGGUCAGUGUAACUAUGGUGGGCGUGUCACUGACGACCUUGACCGGAGGCUUAUCACCAGCUUACUGGAGAUCUUCUACAAUGAGAAAAUUAUUUUUGAUGACUCCUACAAAUUCUCCCCGAGUGGCCUCUACUAUGCCCCUCCUAAGGGAUUGUAUGAUCAGUAUGUGGACUACAUCAGAAAACUGCCCUUGAUACCUCACCCUGAGGUGUUUGGUUUACAUGAGAAUGCAGACAUUUCUAAGGACCAGCAGGAGACCCAGCAGCUGUUUGACGGCAUUCUCCUGACAUUACCAAGACAGAGAGACUUGCCAAUGAACGAAACAAGUGGAGGAGGGAAAUCAUCCCAGGAGAUGAUAGAAGAGCUUGCUAGUGAUAUUCUGACCAAGAUUCCAGCCGACUUCAAUCUGGAGGAGUGUCAGAACAAGUUCCCAGUAAGAUAUGAAGAGUCUAUGAACACAGUCCUGAACCAGGAGUUGAUUCGGUUCAAUAGGUUGACCCAGGUGGUUCGUCAGAGCCUGCAGGACAUUAGGAAGGCCAUCAAAGGAGUGGUCCUUAUGUCAUCUGAACUGGAGGAUGUGUUUGAUAGUAUGAUGGUGGGGAAGGUUCCUGCAAUGUGGCAAGCCAAGUCUUAUCCCUCCCUGAAACCUCUAGGGAGUUACAUCACUGAUUUACUGGCCAGGCUAGCAUUCUUCAAGGAAUGGAUCUAUGGGGGUACCCCAUCAGUAUUCUGGAUCUCGGGUUUCUAUUUCACUCAGUCCUUUUUGACUGGUGUGAUGCAGAACUAUGCCAGAAAAUACAAAAUCCCCAUUGAUUACCUGGGCUUUGAAUAUCAAGUGACUGAAUAUGAGAAAUCAAUGGCUAGCAGACCGCAGACCCAAGGCUUUGGGGCAACGGCUAAUGGAGCUUACGUCAGAGGGCUGUAUUUGGAAGGAGCACGAUGGUGCCGUAAAAAGAAGAAACUUGAGGAGUCCUUGCCCAAAGUUCUAUACGACUUACUGCCUAUUAUAAUGCUUAAACCUGGCGAGAAAUCAAAGUUUGAGGAUCACCCAUCCUACGCAUGUCCAGUGUAUAAGACCAGCUCCAGAAGGGGUACCCUGUCCACCACUGGACACUCAACCAACUUUGUUAUGUCCAUCCUCCUCCCAUCUGACCAACCAGAAUCUCACUGGAUCAACAGGGGCGUGGCCUGUCUCUGUCAAUUGGACAACUGAUUGACCAAUCAAAUCAGCCGUUACAUCUACAUCUUUCUUCUCAGGAUGAAUGUUUUUCAAGAUAAAAGAUUUUUUAAAGAUUAAAGAUAAAUGAGUGAAAUUUCAAUUCUUGAAUAUUUAAACUGAAUAAUACAUCUGUAGUUAAUUUGUUGCUCUCAUCACUAUAUGCACUUGACAAUGACUUCAAACUCCAGUAUAUCAAAUAGACCACCAAUUACAACUAAUCUGCACAUGGUUAUCAAACAUUCAUCCAAUUAAUUACUAUUAUAAUAUUUUGUGGCACAAGAUGAAAAUUACUUCGUUACAAGCAGGUGUCAAUGUAUCUCUAUUUAUUGUAUUUGUUAUGUAUUUUAUUAUAGACAAGUUUAGUAAUUGCUAGAUGGAAGUUAAAAUGUCCAAUAUUGGAUAAACAGGGUCAUGCUAAGUGUAGAUGAAAAGAUUUUAUGUAGAGCUCAUGCUUGAUAUAAUGUAUAUAAUUAUAGUAUUUGUUAUGUUACAUUAUUGAUGACCUUUUUUGCAUUUAUUAGAGUGAUGGACAAGCAGCUGAACCAAAUGUCACUCAUUUUUAUAUUUUUCAUUUUAAGAUUAAAGUCAGACCAGCAUGCAUUUGUCAUCAUUUUUUUGAUUGGUUGCUGGACAUUUGUCAUAUGACUUUUUAUUGGUUGCUGAUCAUGCAUUUUGAAAAGCUGUUUCAAGUCUUUCAUAUUUCCAACUGGUUUAAUUAGUAAAGUAGUGUUUUUGUAUAUGUUGAUUACAAAUAGAAUUUAAUGUAUAUGUACAAAGAAGGACUUUUUCUCACAAUCCAUGUAUGAAUUUGCUUUAUUUACUAUAAUCAAAUUGACUAUAUUAUCCUUACAGUAACUUGUCUCAAUUUAGUGCAGGGAUGCAAUAAAAAGAAAUAAAUAUUACAUGAAUGUUUAAUUAAUUGUCCCAUUCAGUAUAUAGUUAUAUAUAGAUAUUUAUAAGCUUGAUAAAAGUUAAUACUGGAAAAUUUUCAUGUAAGUACACAUGAAGUGAAAAUGCUGUAGACUAAUGCAUUAUUACGGUAAAAGGAAUUGCAAACAAGAUAAUAAUAUAAUUAUUUUUGUAUGGUGUAGAAAGCCUUUUAUUUAUUUUAGAGAGUAUUUUUGCACAGAUAUUUAUUUUUAUAAAUUUGUAGUGUAUUGCUUGCUGUAAUUGUAUAUAAAAUUCAAAGCAUUUAUUUUGCUAUGUCUCUCCUAUAUACAUGUGUAUAAGCUUAACUGUGAUAUCCAACAAAAGCAAUGCCACUGCUAUGUUUUGUAUGUACAUUCCCAUGUCUCAUCACUUAUUUGGUAAUUAUCUAAUAGUUUCUUUCUUAUAUAGUAUAAAAAUUGUUCACAAGUUACAUGUAUUGAAAGUUGUGGACUAUUAUUUCACUAUAUAACAGCUUUAACCCAGUUUGUGAUCUUUGGAAUUAAAGUGAAUUUAAAAUUUCCUAUUUCUAGUUUAGUAGGUUAACGAAUUUUCAUAGUACAUACCACAUUGCAAAAUGCGCAAGUAGAAAAAAACUGUAUACAUUUGUAUUCUUUAUUUGUGAUACAUACUAUUUUGAUACCUUUUUUUUCAAAUUGUUAUAUGUUUAUUUUCCCACUGUUUGCAAUAUCUAUUUUGUCUGUGAUUUAAUUUUUGCCACUAUGGCAAUGUUAAAAAUGUUAUACGCAAUAUUUUGAAGGCACAAAACACUGUUCAUUAUUUGUACUAGAGAACUGGUGAGGGUUUAUAUUGUUUCAUGAGCACAAGGCAGAAAAUGACCUUUAAUGCAUUUACUUUACACUUAAUUUUUGUUUAAAUCAAGAAUACUUUUGAAGUAAUUUUUGUAAUUUGCUUAAAUCAGUAUUAAAUCAUAUUCUGUCUUAGGUUUUUGGUACCGGUAACCAUCUUUUAAUUUAAUUGUCUGUAGUCAUGAACAAGAAUAAACUUGCCUUUCUUUA